AUGAAGAAGCCAUGGCUCACCAAGAAGGACUUCGACGAACUUGUAACGCAAACAGAACGCCUGUGCGGGUAUGCAUUGGGGAGGAUGGCGUUAACAUACAGAGAAGCGUACCCUCUGUCUGCCGUUGAAACUCUAGGGACGAUUUUUAUUGUCUUCGAUGCGUUGCACUGUGCAACAGAAGUACUGGGGGACCCCUUGCUGAAGGAUGUUUGGUUGCCUCGUUUAGUGCGCCGCAUAGAAGGCGUACAUUUCACGCCUGUGGGAAAGUACCUUAUCACUGGUAAGUCCUUGAGAAAUGCAGAGGUUGCGCGCACGCUGAGCGUGGCGCUGGAGUACUAUAGAAGAGGCUCCCGCCCUCCAGCUCGAAUGGUGAUCGGCCUGAAGGAAGCCCUGUUCUGUGGACCUGCCUCAUCGAAAUUCAAUCUAGCACAAUGGAACCCAUGGAGAGCUGACGCAGACUUUAGAGAGUCCAUAGAGUCGAGCCUCGCAGAAAACAAAUGA